GUUUUAGAUAUCUCAUACAACAACCUUUCACCAGAUGACCUCCUGACCCUUGGCCUCCUGGCUCACCUGAAAGUGCUGCACUUGACUGGAAACAACUUCAGCAGCCUGCCUCCAGAUUUAGCAGUGCCCUAUUUGUCCAGGGAGAAGCAAGUGCGUCUGCAGAGGUUUCCUUGUUUAGAAAUUCUUCUCUUGGACGACAAUAAACUCAUGGACAUGGAGGUCUUUGCUGCUCUUGCAGGACUUCCUAAGCUGCGUCAUCUUGACUUGUCAAAAAACAAAAUCUUCUGUGUACCCCAGUUGAAGGUGGUCCAGGGGCGGGUUGUCACUCAGGAUGGAAAGGAAAGGAAGAGGUGUAGGCGACCCCGAAGUAGCCGAAAGAGUGCCAAAUGUUUAAAGUCUCGGAGUUUGGGAGUUGAGCUAGGGGCAUCUGUUACUGAUGUAGAGAUUCCUACAGAGAGUCAAACUGUGACCCAUAGAAAGGAUGAAACAGCAGGAGAGGAUGAGGCGGUGGAGCCAGAUGACAGCAGGCAGUGUAAUACAGAACUGAGACCAGAAACUUUCAGCACUGGGGACCUGUCCGCACGGAUCAGAAACUUUGUUUCAGACAACGAAGAGCCAGUGGAAAAGCCUGCAGAAGCCAGGCUGCCCCCAUUUUCUGAGCUGCGCUACUUAAAUUUGUCCCAUAACAAGAUUUAUGAGGAGAGUGGACUCUUGGCUGUGGCUGCCUGGCCGGUCCUGGAGGAAGUGGAGAUCUUUGACAAUCCUUUGACAACAGAGAGCACAGGAGAUCCACCUCUGUUGAAGGUGUUUCUGCAAGAAAGGCUUGGCAUCAAGUUGAACAGAAUAAAACCCCAGGGGAACUUGAACAGCGCAAAGAGAGCUAAAACAGAAAUUCGUCCCAAGCACAUAAAGAUAACAGAGAUUGUGCCGAAAAUCCCCAAGAUGUCCGCUGAAGAGAAGAUGAUGUUGCAGCUGCCUCCAUCAACAACACAUCAACCAGUGGAGUUUAACUCAUCAUCUGAUCUCAGGGCCACUUCAGCAGCCAGCAGUAAGAAACCUGUGCUGCCACCUAUAGGAACCACAGAUUGCGAUGCAGCAGUAGAAGCCGAGCUGGAAACGGAAAGGACUCAGGAAGGAGAGGAGAACUUGGUAUUUACAGAAGAUGGCAGAGGAGGAGCAGGUUUACCUGAACAAGAAGGGUUUGACCCUUUCUUCAUGACACAGGUGGAUGAUACUGCACAUGACAGACCAACAAAUAUGCCCAGCAGCAGUUUGCAUAUGCAAGAUAAUCAUAUGCAAGAUAAUCAUAUGCAAGAUAAUCAUAUGGAAGAUAAUCAUAUGGAAGAUAAUCAUAUGCAAGAUAAUCUUAUGGAAAAUAAUCAGUCAGAGAAAAUUAUCUAUGACGGACACAUUCAGAAGAAACCAGCAUCAGCCGUCAGUGAUAAAUACAAAGGUUACGAACUUCUCCUUGACAUUGAAGACUUGGAACAUGAACCCACGCUGCCACCAGCAAAAGACAUCCAAGGUAAUGUCCGGGCCCUAAGGCAUGCGCUGAAUCACCUGUUGGUGUUCAGGGAUCCAGCGGUGGAGCUCAACAAGGUUCAUAAAAUGGUUCAGGAAUACAGGAGGGUUCCAGUGCCACCAGCUAGACCUCAUUUGACCUACCAGCAGAAGGUGGACCAGGUCUUGAGCAAUCUGAAAACUAGGUCGACCCUGGAAGAAGAAAAUCUGGCCACAGUUCUUGAGGACAAGGGCAGACUGCAUCAAAAGUUCUCGGAGGCAGAUCAGUUGUUAGGCCGGGUUCAGAGGCGUUACAACACGAUCAGGAAUCAGCUGGUCUCUGAUGCCAAACAAGCCGGAAGUAUUGCCGCAGAAGUUCUGGAACUGCUGGCUCCACCUGGCGCCAAAUAG